CGCCGUUGAAAGGAAAGAAAAAGUUGGCUUCGGUACCAACGACUUGGAAUCUUGAUUCCCCCCCCAGUUCCAUUCGUUUUCGAGACAAGGACUCGAAGGAGAGAUAUAUAGAGAGAGACAGACUACUUCGGGUGUGAGACACGACAAGCAACCACAGCACAUCCCUACCACCACCAUGAGGAUCUCGCGCGUCAGCACCCUCGCCUCGCUGGCCCCCGUGGCGGCGGCGAUCAAGUCCGAGACGACAUUCGCGGUGCUGCACUUCACCGGGAAGCAGUUCCUGACCGAGGGUCCGAUGGACCCCGUCGUCAACCCGGGCGAGCAGGCGACCCACUAUCACAGCAUCAUGGGCGGCAGCAACUUCGGCAUCAACACCCGCGGCGACGACCUGCUCAGCUCCGAGUGCACCACCACCACCAUCAAGAGGGACUUCAGCAACUACUGGGUCCCCACCCUCUUCUUCCAGGACCCCGAGAACCCCUCUAGUUUCGAGAAGGUGCCCCUGUUCUACAUGAACGUCUACUACUUCUUCGAAGCCAGCAACAGCACCGUCGAGCCGUUCCCGGUCGGACUCAAGAUGCUCAGCGGCGACUCGAGCCUGCGCGACCCGCCGGCCUUCGGCGGCGGGCGCAACCUCGACCCGACCAAGGGCCCGAUCCAGCCGGUGCAGUGGACGUGCCCGCGGCAGAGCUACGACCCGCCGUCGUACCCGGCCGACUCGGACGGGACGACGGCCGGGCUGCAGGACCCGGGCAACGCGGGCGCCGGCGCGGGCUUCCCGCUCUACAACUGCGACGGCACGUACUCGCCGCUGCGGCAGGACAUCCACUUCCCGUCGUGCUACAACCCGGCCGCCGGCAUCGACGACUACCAGAACAACAUGGCCUGGCCGACCGCCGGCGCCGGCGGCCUGCUCGAGUGCCCCGCCGGCUGGCUCCACGUGCCGCAUCUCUUCUACGAGGUCUACUGGGACACGCCCGCGUUCGCCGACCGCUGGACCCCCGACGGCAAGACCCAGCCGUUCGUGCUCUCCAACGGCGACGCCACCGGCUACAGCUCCCACGCCGACUUCAUCUCCGGCUGGGAGCCCGACACCCUCGCCGCCAUCAUCGGCUCCUGCAACGUCGGCACCAUCGGCAUGGAGAACUGCCCCGACAUCCCCGGCGGCGUCAACGACAACCACGACUGCACCAUCCCCCCCGCCAUCGGCUCCAUCGUCCCCGCCUCCGAGUCCCUCAGCGCCCUCCCCCUCAACCUCCCCGUCACCGGCUGGGGCCGCGGCUCCUCCGCCGACUACCCCUCCAAGGUCGCCGUCCCCGUCCCCGGCUCCGGCUCUGGCUCUGGCUCCGCGUCUAGCGCUUCCUCGCCCGAGGCUUCCCCCGAGGCCACCGCGCCCGGCAACGCCUUCAUCCAGCUGCCCACGAGCCAGGCGUCCGAAGCAGCGGCCGCGGCCACGCCUUCGCCUUCGCCCGCCGUCAGCGCCGCGGCCGUGGUCCCCGCGCCCGCGCCCGUCGUCGACGAGGCCGACACCGAAGUCGACGAAGAGGUCUCCACCGUCUGGGACAUCGUGACGGUGACGGUGACCACGACGGUCGUGGCGGACGCGACGCCGGCGCCUGCCCGCCGCCGCGCGCCCGCCCACGGCCACGGCCACGUGCGGCGCCACGGCCUCGGGGCCGGCCGCCGGUAGAGCCGCGGAGUUGGGGUUAGCGUUCGUGUGGGAGUCUGUUUUCUCGCCUUCGGUUUGACGUGACGUGUGGACAGAGCGUGCCUGGGGGGGCGGGGCGGAUGGAUAAACGUGCGGGGGCGGCGGCGAUGUGU